CGGCUUGUCGCCCGAGUGGCUCCGUUACCUUGGAGAGCUGAAGUAGUGGGAGAUCCUUUGGCCGCGGUGUGGGCCGGAGGAAAAGAAGAGAACGCAGCGUGUUCUCCUUCGUGCUCGGACUAGCCUACUGGUUUAGAAGGCCCAGCGGAGCGUUUAUCGAAGCAACAUAAACAUUAAACAUUGCAGCUGCCUCUAAUUGCUGGGAAACCUAUUAAAAACUGUACAGAAUUUCAGGAUGACAGACACUUCUGAAGCUGUUCCCAAUUUUGAAGAGAUGUUUGCCAGUAGAUUCACAGAAGAUGACAAAGAGUACCAGGAAUACCUGAAACGCCCUCCUGAGUCCCCUCCAAUCAUUGAGGAAUGGAAUAGCAGAGCUGGUGGGAACCAGAGAAAUAGAGGCAAUCGGUUGCAAGAUAACAGACAGUUUAGAGGUAGGGAUAGCAGACGGGGGUGGCCAAGUGACAAUCGAUCCAAUCAGUGGCAUGGACGAUCCUGGGGUAACAAUUACCCGCAGCACAGACAAGAACCUUACUACCCCCACCAGUACGGACACUAUGGUUACAACCAACGGCCUCCCUAUGGUUACUACUGAUGGAAACGUCAGCAGCUUUUAGUAAAACCAUUUCCUCUGUUAACAUGACAAAAGUUUGUGUGUAUCUUCUGUUGGUCAUAAUCUUACAUCUGAUUUCAGAGAGUGGAUUAUUAACUUUUUGGAACUAGUGACUUUUUUUAAAAAAAUGAGAUCUUACUAGAGAUGUGACGGUUCAGUAAGCCCCUAAAAAUUUGUGGAUUAUAUGCCUGACUUCUACCUCAGAUUCUGUUUUGUUUUAUGACUUAAUAGUGCUUUGAACUUGGUGUCUGUUUUCCUUGUUUGACCUCCAGGAGUUCUGUCUUUGGUUUACACAGAAAUAAAAAUUUUGAAGUAGAAAA